AUGGUCGAUGUCCCAGCCGUGCUUAUUUCAAUUCCCUUUCUAGCCGACACCAAGCCGCAUCACCGGCGCCGUAUCAUCAAGCAAGCUAUAAACCAGUUGCCCGAGGAAACCAGGGACCGGGUUUACAGGCUGAGCCGAAGCUCAUCAAAGUACGAGGUGGACGCAAUUAUGGGGUCCAAUUCCAAUACCAUCACGGUGGGCGAAGACGAAGUCCACGUCGGUUUGUUUACAGAGGUUGCGAGAGUCAACCACGCGUGUAGACCCAAUGCAUACUACAGAUUCUCAGAGCGUCGGUUGACAAUGGAAGUGGUCGCCUUCCGGGCUAUUCAGCCAGGCGAGGAAAUUGUUAUGAGCUAUGUUCCCCUCGAAACGCCAGUGGAAGAACGCCGGCGGUACCUAAAAGAUCACUGGGGGUUCAACUGCGCUUGUUCGCUCUGUCGCGCUUCGAAAUUGGACGCCGACGAUUCCGAAGCUUGGAGAGAAAAGGUCAAGAGCCUGAAAGCGACCAUCCAGGACGCCAGAAGCCAAGGAUACUACAAAAACGCAAUUGUCAUGGCCGAGGAAUGGCUUUUGGUCUCCGAAUGGGACAUGACGCCGCCCUUCAUGCCCGAGUAUCACGAUACGCUUGCGGAUCUCUACUUUUUGAAGGGGGACAUGGUGAAUGCCACGAGAUACGCUCGUAUGGCUAUGGAUGGGUGGGCAAGGUUCGGCAGCGUGGAUGAUGAACAGCUAGAAAGGGCUGCGGCGUUCCUGCAGCGCUUGGAUCAGUUGAACGAAAAGGGAAGGUGA